AAACUGACCCGAAACACUUAACCCGAAAUCAACCUAAUCAUUUGAAUAAAAUUGGAGUCAAACAAAAGUAGUUGCACGAAAUUAAAACCCGUGAAGUGAUGACACAACAUUACAACAACUAACAAAUUAACACGCCCCAUUCAUUCAUUCAUUCAUAUAUUAAUUGGUGACUUGUAUUUUUCAUUUACUUGCAGUGGUUUAAUUAAUUUCCUCGAUCCACACACACCAAAUUAAACACAAAAACAGACGCAACACAAUGAGUAACAACGACGAAACAACGACGACACAUCUUUUGGUAGACGAGGAACAUCAAAGAGAUCAACAAAAAUGGGUGGAUGAAAAAGAAGCAAAAUCUCAAAUAAUAUUCUCGUUGCCAAUGAUUUUAACCAAUGUUUUUUAUUAUAUGAUUCCGCUCGUUUCUGUUAUGUUUGCUGGUCAUCUUGGUCCUUUACAGCUUGCUGCUUCUACUCUUGCUAAUUCUUGGGCUACUGUUACUGGUUUUGCUUUUAUGAUUGGGCUAAGUGGAGCAUUAGAGACAUUAUGUGGGCAAGGAUAUGGUGCAAAACUAUAUGAAGUUCUAGGGAUAUAUCUCCAAGCAUCAUGUAUUGUUUCAAUAAUAUUCUCCAUAAUCAUAUCCAUUCUAUGGUGGUUUACUGAACCGAUUUUAAUCCUACUCCAUCAACAUCCUGAUAUUUCAAAAGAAAGUGCAAUUUAUAUGAGAUUUUUGAUACCAGGAAUAUUUGCAUAUGGCAUUUUACAUAACAUUUUAAGGUUCCUUCAGACACAAUCAGUGGUUUUUCCCUUGGUUUUAUUCUCCUUUGUGCCUUUAGUUUUCCAUUGUGGGCUUACUUAUUUCUUGGUUCAUUGUACUACCCUUGGUUUUAAAGGAGCUGCUUUGGGUACUUCCAUUUCAUUUUGGGUAUCUAUUUUGAUUUUGAUGGUUUAUGUUAAGUGUAAUAAUAAGUUUGAACUUACUUGGGGUGGAUUAUCUAUACAAGCAUUACAUUAUGUUUCUGUCAAUCUGAAGUUGGCUUUGCCUUCUGCUGCUAUGGUUUGUCUGGAGUACUGGGCUUUUGAGAUAUUAGUGUUGUUGGCUGGUCUUUUGCCCAAUUCAGAAACCACAACUUCUCUCAUUGCAAUUUGUGUUAAUACAGAAGCGAUUGCAUACAUGUUUACUUACGGAUUAAGUGCUGCAGCAAGCACAAGAGUUUCAAAUGAGCUUGGAGCAGGGAAAUCAAAUCAAGCAAAGCAAGCAAUGAAUGUAUCACUAAAACUAUCAAUUCUGCUAGCUGCUCUUGUUCUUCUUGGUCUAAGCUUAGGCCAUAACAUUUGGGCAGGCUUGUUUAGUGAUAGUCACACAAUUAUCAAAUUAUAUGCUUCCAUGACUCCUUUGCUUUGCCUUUCUAUAUUCUUUGACUCUAUCCAAGGCAUUUUAUCAGGUGUAUGCAGGGGAUGUGGUUGGCAACACUUAGCCAUGUACAUAAAUUUGGGUACAUUUUACCUCAUUGGUAUGCCAAUUGCAUGUUUACUUGCCUUCAAGUAUCAUUUCUAUGCCAAGGGUCUUUGGAUUGGCUUAGUAUGUGGCCUUACUGCUCAAUCUGGUUCACUUUUUCUAGUUACUCGUCUACAAAAAUGGACAACACUUGGGAUGUCUCGUACUCAUGACGAUGAAACUCUUGUUCUUGUUUGAUCAUUGUAAGCUAGGAAUAGACCAUGACAAACAAAACAAUUUACUGCAAUUAAGAUGAAAAAAAUGCAUCAUUUUCAAUUGCAUAUAUUGCACAAUCUCUGAUUAUUUAGCUCUAUUAGAAACACGCACAUUUUUGUGUAGAAAUACACUGUCAUUGUAUUUGACAACUAAUGGUUCAAUGAACAAAUAUGAGUGAGAUACGAAAAUUUAGGAA